CUUCGAUCUAUCCAGAAUGAAAACGAACGGCAGUUCGGGGAUACACGGAAUGAACACAGACAGACGAUGAGCGACCAUCAAGAAGAUAUAUGACCAGAUGAUUACAAAACCUUACUUUUAAACAGAUUAACAGGCAUUCUGCAUUUGUACAACCAAAUUCAGAGGUGACAAAUAUGGAGAGAAGGCCACUUAAAAAAGAAGCUAUCGAUGAGGACCUUGCUGCAGACUUUGAACAACCCCCAAGGAAAAAAAUUCACAGGGACUUUGGUGCAUCUUCAAGCAGAAAUGAACAGGUUUAUGGAAAUGAAAACAGUUUGGAGGAGAUGCAAGUUUCCUCCUAUAGUACAGACAAUAACCAGGAUGUGGAAAUGCUUUCACAUCACGAUGAUGAUCUUCCAGAUGAUCCAACAGAGGAUAUGUUUGCCGAUAAUGUAAUGAGGAUGGAUAUACCAAUUCAGGGUAACAAAAAUGAUUUAGGAAAACAGAUAAUGUCUGAAUUUCUUUCCAAUACGAUGUUAUUAAGAAAUUCAGGGGGUGGUGUUACGAUCAUCAGAAAUCUAAACUAUUCAGAAAAAGACAAUGACAACUUAUACAAGGACUCUUUCACAAGCAAGGUGGACUGUACGCUGCAAAAUAUGGCUACAUAUAGGGGAGAAGUUGGGGAAUUCAACAGCUGGUACCAGACAGUUUGGUGGAAAGGGGUUGGAAAAUGGCUACUCUAUUAUAUUAAAGAUGGUCCACAGCUUACUUUUCCUCUUGAGUCAAAAGUUUACACAGUAAACCAGCAUGAUCACAAAGAAGUGGGAAUUGAAGAAAUACAAAGACGCUUGCUACAAUCAACAAAAAAACCAUCAAACUAUCACCCUGAGGUCACACAUGUACAUUGUAAGGAAAAACAUGGGAAGUUAGAACUGGGAAUGAAAUGUUUCCAUCUUCAUGAAUCUACAAAUAUUCAGCUCAAGUCUUCGAAUGCUUCAAAAGAAGGUGGCCAGGGUGAUAAUGCCAUUAAUGGUAUGUGUAAAGAUAUCAGACACUACAGUUCAGCAUUUAGCCAAAACCAAGAAGGAGGGAGCAUAUAUUUUGGAAUUACAGAGAAAGAAAACCCUAAAUCGAGUAAUAAAACAGCUUUCAGUAAAACUCCUGUUGUGUGUGGAAUAAAGUUUGAUAUAGAUGAAGAAAAGGAACGAGUUAUUCGUAUGAAAAUUGAUUAUGCAAUGUCGAAAGAGAUGCUCUGGGUGAGACAUGAUGGAGAAAAAGCAAAUAAAGAUGAAAUACAUCAGUAUUAUGAUGUUCGUUUUCAUAAUGUUGGCGCUGAGAACAGUACUAGGAAAGUUUUGGAGGUUUCAGUGGCAAAGUUUUAUGGUUGUGUAUUUUCUUCUGACCCGAAACCAUGUUAUCUUGAUGCUGAAGGACAGAGGAAAUAUUAUGAAGUAGAGAAAUGGGUGCCAAUUGUGAUGAAAGACCUAUCUCAUAGUGAAGACUUCAUAUCACGUUUCCAGAGAUUGGAUAUUGGUCAGAAGAAUAAAAUCUAUGAGGUAGAAAAAAGUUCGGAAAAGAUUCAGCAAAGUGUCUUCAAAAGUAAGUUGUAG